AUGCAACUCGAUGCAAGCAAAGUCAAUGACAAGACAGACCUAAAAACUGAGUUGAAGAAAAUUGCUUCAGACAAGGGCUUUAGAAUCGUCGACAAUGAAGGAUCAGGAGAUUGCAUGUUCUCUGCUUUGUCAGAUCAACUGGAAAUUGCUAAGAGAAUCAAAAUCAAGUAUGACGAAUUAAGACAAAUAUUGGUCCAGUACCUCAGAAAAAACCCUAAACUACCGAAUGGAACAGAUCUGUUUCACUUCGUCCAUGGACAUCAAUCAUGGGCUGAUUACUUAACGUACAUGGAGCAAGAUGGCGCAUGGGGUGACCAUGUUAUUCUAUGUGCCGCAGCAAACUGCUACAAAACUUGCAUUCGUGUGGUCAGCAGUCUUAACGCUUCUCACGAUGUUAUCUUACGGCCACAAUGCCCUGUUGACAAAGGCAGGACACUUGUGUUGGGACACGUCCCUGAAGCACACUAUGUCAGCCUUUACUCCACACAAGUAGAAAAUCUAGAAGAAAUGGGGAGCGCUGUUGAUAGUGAGGAUGAGUUGCAGGAAGAACGGGUAGAGAGGGAACAACAUGCAGGAUCAGGCGAAGAAAACGAGGAACCCACUGAACCCCAGCAAGUUGAGCCUGAACAAGACGAAGAACUAAAACAAGGCCAAGACGAACUUACUGGACAGCAGCAAGUUGAACCUGAACAUGACGAAGAACCAAAACAAGGCCAAGACGAACUUACUGAACUGCAGCAAGUGGAACCUGAACAAGACGAGGAACAAAAACAAGGCCAAGACGAACUUACUGAACAGCAGCAUCUUGAAAGAGAACAAGACGAAGAACCAAGUCAAGGCCAAAACGAAACCAGUAAACAGGAGCAAGUUGAAUCAAAACGAGACGAAGCAGUAAACAAUGAGCACAAAGAACCUAUUACAAAGCUGGGAGUUGGACCUGGUCAUUCAAAGGGAAGCAAAGAAGUUAGUAAAAAGCAGCCAGAAGACCAAGAGCUGAAAGAAGAACAUGAAAAACCUGAGCGUGAGCAAGAUGAAACUGUUGAAGAAAAGCCAAAAGGGGAAGGCCAAGAAUCCAAACAGCAACGCACUUGGAAAGAAGAGGAAAAAGAACUGAAAGUCGACCAUGGGCUAGAGGUUGGUUCUAAAAAAGACGAGAAGUCGAAAAGAGAUAAAAAAGAAAGCGAACAGCAACAAGAAGAAAAUGAGCAAGACGAACAACAGCAAGAAGAGAAACAUGAGGAAACCGAAAAUCAGCAAGUUGAUUCUAAUCAAGAAUGGCGAGAAAAAGACCACAAAGGUCCAAAACAGGUAGAAAUUGAGCAAGAGAAACCAAGAGGAGUGUCUGAGGAAGUAAACCAAGUGCAACUGCAGGACAGAAAACAGCAGUCAAAACGAGAUAACAAGGACUCCCAACAUCGGGGUGAAGAGUCUAUGGAAGAUGAAUCACCACGACACCAGCAGAUUAUGGACGAAG